CUUGAUGGAGAUAUUUUAGGAGUUUUGGAUAUAAAUACGGACUAUACUAUCCCACUGCAGUACUCUUUUAAGUUUUUAUGCGUGGGCAAAAGCAAUGGAACUGAGACGUGACGAAGAUGAUAGAAUGAUGAGACUCUACAAAGCGUCAAGCGAAGGAUGUGUGGCCACAUUGGAUUCACUGAUAGAGGUAGACCCUUUCACUCUAAGCAAGAUAUCAGUUAACCCUUUUGGCGAAACUCCUCUUCACAUAUCAGCUAUGCUUGGCCACCUUAAUUUUACCAAACAACUUCUUUCUUACAAACCCAAAGGGCCUAAACUUGCCGAGGAGUUGGACUUCCACAAACGUUCACCUCUUCACUUGGCUUCAGCCGAGGGCUCCACUGCGACGGUGCAGGCAUUAAUAGAAGCAAAUAAAGGUAUGUGCUUUGUUAGAGAUGAAGAUGGCAAAAUCCCUCUUCAUUAUGCAGCCAUUAGAGGACGUCUUCAGGUCAUUCAACUUCUUAUCCGAUCCGAACCCAAGUCAAUUCUGGAGAAUCUUAAUGAAGGAGAAACAGUUUUACAUUUGUGUGUUCAGUAUAACCAAUUGGAGGCUCUGCAAAUGUUGGUUGGAUCAGUUAAGGAGAAUAAUGAGUUCCUCAACUCCAAAGACCAGAAAUGUGGCAACACCAUUUUGCACUUGGCUGUGAUGCUAAAGCAAAUUGAGACUAUAAAAUUCUUGGUGUCGAUACCUGAAAUGACAAGAGGAGCAAAUAGUAUCUUGAACAAGAGCGGUUUUACAGCCUUUGGAAUGAUAGAGCACCUUCCAAAAGACUUCAAAUGUGUCCAAAUACAAAAUAUUAUUCAGGAUGUACGACUUGAAGACAUACGAUGUCUCCAAACCCAAAAACAUGAUAAUCCUGAAGCAUCAGAUUCAGAAACAGCACGUAUUAGUUGUUGGAAGUAUUGGUGGAUCAAAUUCAUUAACCACUUGAAGACAUACGAUGUGGAUUGGAUAAAAGAUAGAAGUGGAGCAUUGACGAUAGUGGCUACAGUGAUCGCAACAAUGACAUUCCAAGCUGCACUCAACCCGCCUGGUGGUGUCUGGCAAGAAAAUACAAACACCACAGAGCUUGGCCAUGGAUUUCAAUGCGGCAAAGAGGAUAGUUGCAAGGCAGGAACCGCAGUGUUACCGAAUCUCCAUAGUUAUGAGUUCAUCAAAUUUCUAGCUUAUGAUACCACCGCUUUCCUUGCAUCGCUCACUGUCAUAUUUUUGCUUAUUUCUGGAUUCCCUGUCAAGUUUAGGCUUUGUAAGUGGUUUUUCAAUUUAGCCAUUUGUAUUGCUGUGACGUUUACGGCGCUUACCUUUAUGGAAGGAGUUUACUUGGUGCUUCCUACGGAUGUCAAGGUUAGGGUAUACAUAAUCUACGAGGGCCUGUUUUAUGGUUGGAAUAGUAUGUUUGGAAUCGUCAUUCUGCUCCACACAAUUCGAAUGCUCUAUGAGCCUGUGAAGGAAUAUUGCCCCAAAUGGUUGAUUCAGAUCACCCGAAGACCGUCACGGAUCAACAUUCCCCUCACUUGUAAAUCAUCUUCCUGCCUAGCUGGCUAGCUGCUUUAUUUUCUCUAUGCAUAUAUAUAUAUAUAUAUAUAUAUGUAUGCAAUUAAGUAAUUAUAAACUUUGGUAAUAAAAUGUAACAAGGUUGCAGUAUUUUCUAAUUAUAUGCAAUGGGGGAG